AUGGGGCCUCCGCUGCUGGCCGCCUUAUCGGCCAUUCUGGCGCUGUACCGAGUCACCCUCAACCUUCCGGAUGUCCCAUUUUCCGCCGAACUCCGCCGUCCGCAUUCCGUGGAGUUCAACAACAUGGCGACGAGGAUUUCGACGGCCGCCAAACAAGUCUUCCAACAUGAGCACAACUUUUACAAUGUGACAAUUUUGCAGUUUAGGUACAACUCGGUUGUUGGGACCUCAGUAAUUUUUGAUCUCACAUUUACCGAGCAGAAUCCAUCCGUCGAAAAAAUUCUGAUCGAAGCGGUAAAGAAGGGCCAAUUCGGGUCUUUGACUGUUUCGCCAGAUGGAUUUGAAGUCGCGGAACAUCAAGGUAAUUGGAAAGAGUUUGUUGACCCUUGGUCUACUAAUGUUAUUUCUAUUGUGGAGUUUAUUAAGACAAAGAUUUCUAUCUUUAUUUUGCAAAAAUUACUUAUCUAUCUCUAUCCCUUUUUCUGCUUGGUUGCUUUUUAUCAUAUACGUUUUUUUUAAAUUUCUAACCCUUAAUUAAAUAUGUAAAUAAUCAAAAAAGUUCAUGGAGAAAUUGAAAAAAAAAAUCUUUAAGGUUAUUGAGUGGACCUUCUUUACCAAAAAAUACUAUCUAAUCCCGGUUUUUAGCCAAUUCAUCUCGACCAACUCGCCAUUGCUCUGAUGGUAGCGUUCCAGAGUUUAGUUUGUAAGUUUUUUUUUAUGACUUACUGUUUUGAAUUUUGUUCGAAUAUAGUAUGAAUAUUGAAUUAUCAAUUGCAAAGGGCCUUUCAACCUUCGUAAUUUACAAAUCGCAUUUCAGACACGGCAGCACGUAUUGCUGGAGCGACGCCGUUUGCCCAACCGGAUACGCAUGCACUGACGGACAGUGCUGUCAUUCUUCUGGACGUAGGUUUACGGAAAACAAGAAAAAUUGAAGCUGAAAAACUAUUCUGAUCCGUUCCCUUGGACUUACUGAUUUUAUUUUGAACAUGCUCCAGACAUGUGUGACACACGAUACACAAAACCCACAGCACGGAAAUGUGCAUCAAGCUAUGACAUAUUUUGAUUUUAUUGUUAGCCCAAAAAAGGGGCCCUUAGAGGGCCAAAAAAGAGAAGAGUAAACUUUCAGGAGAAAAGUUUAAAAUUAAGUAAAUUAAAUGCUAAAAAUAUUAUGUACAGGGUGUUCCAAGAAUUAUGGAAAAAACUAUUCGUUAAUAACUUUGUGCCCGGUGGUCCAAUCCUAAAUUUUUUUUCAUUUUGCAGAAAAACCUUGGAGUUUUUAGAAUCAAAAAAAGAUUUUUUUGUUUUAUCGGCGGAGACUUCCGUAAUCCGCCUUGAAUUCGGCGGAGUGCUUUUUUCACAAACGAGGCCGUAAAAAUGGGUCCAUUUUUUCUCCGCCGAUUUCUACGCCGAAUUGCCCCCUUUUCUUCUCCCAGUGGGCCGAAAACGUAAUAAGUCCUGUUUAGGCGCCAUGUCACCAGCAUUACCAUACGUUUUGGUUUUAGCCAAUUUUGACUCAAUUUUUCGGAUUGGACCACCGAGCACAAAGUUAUUUAUUAAUGAAUAGUUUUUUCCAUAAUUCUAGGAACACCCUGUACAAUAUAAAAGUAAACUAAACUAAAUUUCUGCAUCUUCUCCGGUGGCGGCUUCCGAUUUUUUCCCAUCUGAAUUUUGUUCUUUUUCGCAUAAUCACUUCUUUAACAUUAAUAUUGCUGUUUCUUGUGUUGUGAAACUUUUUGUGCUGUUCUCUGCAUACUCACUCCAGUCCACGUUACUCGUCACUCACUGCUUCUUUAGCCGAUUCACUGCCAAAGCACUGCGUGGACACGGCUUGGGAAUGUGACGGUGGGAGAUGUUUGCCAUGGGAGAAGCGCUGUGACGGCCAGCUUGACUGUGCCGAUCAGUCCGAUGAAUUCUUAUGUGGUAGUUGUCUUGUCAUCGUUUUUGCUUUUCUUGUCUUCAUUUGACAUUAUUAUUUCCCUGAAAACAGAUGUUUAGUUGUUUAGUCCUUGUUCUGGUGUACCACUAUGUUUAUGUAUAUAUCUGAAAAUAUUGUUUUCUCCGGCUGGUCGUACCGAUACAUUUUUCAGAGAAUCAGAAACGCUCAGUGAAGCAUCACUGCGAUGAGAACGAAUUCCGAUGCCGUACUGGACAAUGUGUCCCCCGCAACGUGGAAUGUGACCGGCGAUACGACUGCUCAGACGGCUCUGAUGAGCUUCACUGUGGUAUGUUUUUUCCGAAAAAAGCGUUGGAUCACAUUAAAAUGCUUGUUUUAUUUUCUAGAUGUCGUUUAGUCAAGAUUCUUGUAUACUAACGCUUAGCGGCCCAAAUUUUCUGUUUUUUACGUUCAUUAAGUUUCAACUAUAUUAACAUUGCUGUAAAUUGUCGCAGAUUAUUUCGCUAACCACCCGCAUCAUCAGCAACGCGCCGAGACAGUUCGUGAGUCGCCGCAAGAACUGCAGGCUCCUCAAGAGUCGCGUAAAGACUGCACUGACCAAGAAUUCCAAUGCCCUUCGGGAAUUUGCAUUCACUACGAGAGGAUUUGCGACGCGCGCAACGAUUGCGGCGAUAAUUCGGAUGAGGCAAACUGCGAUUCCGAUGAGUUGAAUUUGAAAAAGAAGUGUACUCAGUAUGAAUACGAGUGUCAGAAUGGAGACUGCAUUGAUAUUCGGAGGAAAUGCGAUCGGAAUUAUGAUUGUCGCGAUGGAAGUGACGAAACUGUCUGUGGUAUGUGUUGUAAUGUGCCCGGUCAAAGGUGUAAUUUGUUUUACAUAGUCCUGUGAAAGCCACGAAAGGCAAAUAUCGUUAUAUUUUUUCUUGUUUUGCAAAUUUAUACCAUGCUUUUUUGUUUUUUUUUCAGUUCAGCCUUUAUUAAUUGCUUUUUUUAAGUUUAUCCUUCAAUAAGAAGUAGAUGACCAAAUUUAAAGUUUUGUUUUCUAGACUAUUUCAACCGCGUUCAGCGUCCAACUACACCUCCAGAAGUCUUGGAAGAGCAGAAAAGAGCGCAGGAAGCGGAGCGACGAAGAAUCCACGAGGAACAUCUACGAAGAGUCGAGGAGGCCAAAAGAGAAAGAGAAAGAUUGGUAAGUGUGGAUACGAGUUAGCUGAGGAGUGGCAAAGUCGUCUAACAAUAAAUGUAUAGGGAAUUCUAGCAGGUCAAGGUGGUCGCGAGCUUGUUUACGACCAAAAAACACGUCUUGGUAAUCAACCACUAACAGCAUUUCCGGUUUUUUGAGCAACCACCUUGCCCUAGGUCACGACCUAGGUCGCGAGCUAGUCAAGUUCAGAAAAAAUGAACACGAUUUUCGAAAUCAGCACCCUCGAAAACCCUUCAACCAACUUUUUUCCGAAAAAAAUCAAAAAAUCUUCACUCCGGGGUCGCUUUACCCCAUUUUGGGUCGCAAUCGAUGCGGGGUCGCAAUCGAAGGAUUCCGUUGCGGCGACAAGAAAAAUUUACGGUGCAAUGCGAAACCGCACAGUGCAAAAAAAUGUUUUGAAAAGGGCAAUCGAAAGCACAGUGCGCCCUUUUUCGCACCCCGCCCAACUUUUAUCGCGCAACGCCGGAUGCAUGCGCCCCCACAGUGCGAAAACAUGUCAAGACUUUUUGGCCCGCCCAGUAUGGCAUGUGGGCUUUUUCGUCAAUGUGUUUGUAGAGCACUUCUUCCACCUAUACGAAGCUCAAUUUUAGGAAGCCAUCCAAACGAAUCAAGUCAAAGCCGCGGAGAUAAACUUUGAUGACGGUGGGUUUAUUAUUUUUUUAACUUGA